UAAUAUUCAGUUUCAGCGACGUGGAUUUUGGUCAGGCAGCCGUCGCCGCCAAUUCUGGAAAGAGAAACUCUUCUCUCGGAGACUCGGACGAGUCAUCAAAACGCUCUUGGCAGCAAUCCGCGGUUGUCUUCGACAAUCGCCAUUGAACAAUCAGUGAUCUUACAGAGUGAAGUAGCAUCUGUUGAGCUGUACAAGACAGAACUGAUGGUUGAAUCGGAUGGACCACGACUAUAUAGUUGCUGCAAUUGUCGGAAUAAUGUCUCUCUUCACGACGAUAUCAUAUCGAAGGCAUUUCAGGGAAGACAUGGCAGAGCAUUCCUCUUUGCUCAUGCAAUGAAUGUAGUUUUAGGGCCAAAAGAGAAUCGGCAGCUGAUGACCGGUUUGCACACAGUUGCUGAUGUUCAUUGCUGUGAAUGUCGGGAGAUCUUGGGAUGGAAGUAUGUAAGGGCUUAUGAAGAAACACAAAAGUACAAAGAAGGAAAAUACAUAUUGGAAAAGUUAAAGAUUGUCAAGGAAAACUGGUAGCUCUUUCUGUUCUGCUUUGUGCUGAUGUCUGCGACUUCUUUGGUGGUGCAUCCAGAUGUUCAUCAUGUACAGAAAUCUUGAUAGAUGAAAAUAUUCAGCCAUUGCUGAUUGUGUAUCCUCUGUUGCUGCAGCCGGUGGUCUGUGUUCUGGAUUCAAACUGCUAUCUGUUUUAUUCUUAUUAGUCUUGUUCAUUCAUAAAGUCAACUGUAUAUAAGUGGAAGUUCCAAAACGAAGGAUUUCUGUUGACAGUUCAUCCUUCACUGAACUGGACAUGAAUUCAAUGUGAACAGUGUGUACCUUCUUACAUGGUGCUUGCAUAUCUGAGAAAAUGGUUUUAGAUGUUUGUUAUCGUUGCAGUCCACUUUAUGAUUCCCUCCUACUCUUGACUUGGAAAUAAGCGAAGUGAAAGUCUUCUUGGAGACAACCGGUAAGUGUGAAAUUAUAGAGACAAGAAUAGCGUGGAGCCCGUGCAAGGAUGACACAUAAAUGACUAAGUGAAAUUCUUGCAAAGACAAGUUACGUAUUGAGGGGAGGCAUAAUUGCCAUGCAUGAAAAUUCAGUGGUGUUUUGAUGAUGACCGCACAAGUUGUCUGUGGAGAAAUGUAAGUGGCAAUGUAGAGGCAUUCUUUAACAAAAUUGAAAAUGCUAGAAUGCCUGCAGGACAACCAGAUCUUUGUUCUCUGUAAAGUACUUGGUGUUUGAAUGUCUAUGGAAUGUUUACGUACUUUUUGAGGUAUUGAGAUCUGGUCACUGCUUGGACAAUACAUCUGUUGUGCCAAUUGAAAUCCAUGGCGGCCUUAUCUCUAUUGACCUCGUGGGUAUACUGGUAAGCUUUAAGGCAAAAAUCACAGCUUAGUGACUAAAUACCGGCAAACGAUCGGAUAAACUCGUGGGCAGUGGCAGUAGAGUGUUUAUCCUAUCAAUCUUAUGUAACUCUGCAGGUAAAUCAAAUGAGAGGUGGUUAUUACCAGUGUAUGGACAGACAUAAAUCGGAUUUGAAUACAGUACAAGCGUCAUUUUCAAGGUUGAAAAGACCGUCAGCAAUCUCAUUAGUUUGAGAUGGGUCAUUAAGAUCGACCAUUGAGUCACGCAAGCCCGCAAGUUGUCGUGGGGUCUUCAAAAAUUGGUAGCCAUCAAAAUGGGAUAACGUGAUUUUGAAGAAUGGCCCGGCGUAUGAUAUACACACAAACCAAAUAGAACCCAAUUCGCUUUGCCAAUGCAUAUAUGUGGAUCUUUGAUGCUCUUCAUUAUCGUAAUUUUUGGAUAAGAAACAAGAUGUACGAGGAUAGUUUGUAAGAUAUUAUUGUAGUCAGCUCCAGUGGAACUGCUAAGUUCUUGAAAUGUUGUUCUGCCCAACCUGUGGCAACAUGCUGCUAGUGCAGCGCCCGAACCUUGGUCAAUCUUCAAGGUUCUUCUGCCCAACCUGUCCAUAUGCGUAUCCUAUAGAACGUGAGAUUUCUGUCAAGCAAAAACUCAAAAAGAAAAAAUUAGAUUUAGUAUUCAACUACGAAGAAGCCAUGAAAAAUGCGAGCAAAAGUCAAGAAACCUGCCCACGAUGUGGUCAUGGGGAAGCAUACAGUUAUGACAUGCAGACGCGAUCUGCUGAUGAAGGUGCAACAAUUUUUUUCACAUGCUGC